AAAUUGGAAUCUCCAAAGAAGAGGCACUGGAAGCGUUACAGGUUGUGAGGCAGGAGUGUCACGGGGAUGCAGCAAGGACUGCUGGGGGAUCAUGUGCCAUCAGGAAGUGCACAGCACUGGAACUUCUGGAAGAGGAGCAAGCCCAGGGCUUCAUCAUCACCUUCUGUUCAGCGCUAGACAAUAUUCUGGGAGGUGGUGUGCAGCUAACAAAAAUCACCGAGAUCUGUGGAGCACCUGGUGUUGGGAAGACACAGCUAUGUAUGCAGCUGGCCGUGGAUGUGCAGAUCCCCGAAUGCUUUGGGGGUGUAGGUGGAGAAGCUGUGUUCAUUGACACUGAAGGAAGUUUCAUGGUGGACAGAGUGGUGGAUAUUGCCACUGCCUGUGUGCAGCAUUGCCGGCUGAUUGCUGAAGCUCAUCAAGAAGAAGAUCAUCUGAAAGCUUUGGAGACUUUCUCUCUUGAAAAUAUCCUUUCUCACAUAUAUUACUUCCGUUGCUGUGACUACGUAGAGCUUCUUGCACAGGUCUACCUCCUCCCAGACUUCCUUUCAGAGCAUUCCAAGGUGCGGCUGGUGGUAAUUGAUGGGGUGGCAUUCCCUUUCCGCCACGACUUUGAGGACCUGUCCCUUCGAACGAGGCUCCUGAACGGGCUGGCACAGCAGCUGAUCAUCCUGGCCAACGACCACAAGUCAGCUGUGGUUCUGACAAACCAAAUGACAACAAGGAUUGGACAAAGCCAGUCCACGUUGGUACCUGCUUUAGGGGAAAGCUGGGGACAUGCUGCUACUGUCCGUUUAAUCUUUCACUGGGACAACAGUCAGAGGCUGGCAACGUUGUACAAAUCCCCAAGUCAGAAGGAGUCAACCAUACCAUACUGCAUCACAUCUCAUGGCUUCCGAGAUGUGCAGCCUCCAGCUGUCACUCAACAUGCAGAAGAAACUGAAAUGAACCCUCGCAAACGGCCACGGAGAGAAGAGGAAAA